AUGUCAGCCACUAGUACUGUUCCUUCAAAUAUAGCAUCCACAUCAGCAUCCACUCUUGCAAUGUCAGCCACUAGUCCUCUUCCUUCAGAUAUAACAUCUACAUCACCUUCCACACCUGCAAUGUCAGCCACUAGUCCUCUUCCUUCAGAUAUAGCAUCUACAUCACCUUCCUCUCCUGCAAUGUCAGCCACUAGUACUCUUCCUUCAGAUACAGCAUUCACAUCAGCAUCCACUCCUGCAAUGUCAGCCACUAGUCCUCUUCCUUCAGAUAUAGCAUCCACAUCAGCAUCCACUCUUGCAAUGUCAGCCACUAGUCCUCUUCCUUCAGAUAUAGCAUCUACAUCACCUUCCACUCCUGCAAUGUCAGCCACUAGUCCUCUUCCUUCAGAUAUAGCAUCUACAUCAGCAUCCGCUCCUGAAUGUCAGCCACUAGUCCUCUUCCUUCAGAUAUAG